AUGGCACCUUUACAAGCACCUAUACUUCCCAUACCUGGUGAAACUGACCAAGCACAACAGCAGCAACAACUUCAACAACAACAACAGCCACCAUAUUACACGGGUCAACUUCAAAAGAAACAAGCAGCAGAAGGAUCAGUAGAAUGGUACUUUGAUCAAGGAGCCAACUGGAUGGGUGAUCAUCCAUGGAUAACUGGGUUUGGUGCGUUGACAGUUGCUUAUUUUGCCGCUGGAUUAGUUAAGUCGAACAAACCUGGUCUCAAUGGUAAAGCCUUCCAUAGAGGUGGAUUUGGAUCUAAAAUGACUCCCAAGGAAGCAUUAUUGAUUUUGAAUUUGAAAGAAACCAAUUUAAGUAAAAUGAAAUUAAAAGAACAACAUAGAAGAUUAAUGAUGGCAAACCAUCCUGAUAAAGGUGGAUCAUCAUAUUUGGCGACCAAAGUAAAUGAAGCUAAAGAAUGUUUGGAGAAGAGAGGUGGAAUGAAGGCCAAGUAA